UCCCCGAGGAGGAACCGGCGCUCACAUGGAUUUCGUAGAGGCACCAUAGCAGCUUUAUUCUAACCGAGCCAUAGCAGAGAUAUACCAGUCAUGAUUUGGGUCACGUUUUUACCAUUUUUGAUUGCGGGUGUAUUCGGGAACAGGACGGUGGAGCAGGUGCCUUUCUUCCACGGGCAUGUGUUUGAGAACUCGUCCCCGGGCUCGCGGGUCAACGGGCUCAGCGUCCCGUUGAAGCGGCUCAACUCGGUUCUGUGCGGCUCCGCUGGAGAGUCCGGCUCAGCCGCCGCGCACUUCCAGCUCCUGGGAGACGGCAGCGAGGAUUUCCGCGUCUUUGCGCACCACAAACGGGGCCACGUUUUACUCAAGACCUCCCGGAUUCUGGACCGAGAGGAGCGGGACGAGUACGCACUGGCACUGGGGUUAUAUUGCGCGCAAGAAGGGGACGCGUCUCCCCUGGAGGUGGCGUCCAUCCAGGUGGACGUGCUGGACACCAACGACCACCAGCCCACUUUCCCCAGUGGGGAUGUGAAGCUGAGUCUGGAUGAUGCCACUGCGCUGCGCACGGCUGUCUACUCCUUCACUGCGCGGGACGAGGACUCCGGCAAGAACGCAGAGCUCAUUUACUUCGCCCUGCCCAGAAACGGGAGCUUUUACGCGGUGCCCAAAACCGGGGACAUCCUCCUGGUGGACUCCAUCCUCGGUCUUUACGAGCCCAUUAAGUUUAAAGUUUACGCGCAGGACCGCGGGUGGCCUCCGCGCACGAGCAAGAGCGUGGAUGUGGAGAUAAACCCCCGCCAGUGGCCCGCGGUGGCCCCGCAAAGGAACGUGCAGAGGAACGCGCAAAGGAACGCGCAAUUGCGCAGGUCCAGCAGGUCGGUGGCCGACACGGACAACCCGGUGUUCAUCAGCGUGUCCGAGGACGCGGGGAUCGGCUCGGUGGUGAUGAACUUGAACCCGGUGAGGUUCCAGGCGGCCGAGUUCGAGCUGGUGGAGCCCGAGGCGGAGCGCUGCCCGGUCAGCGUGGGCCGGGACUCCGGGGAGAUAGUGAUAGUGAGCCGGCUGGACCGGGAGACGCGGCCGCUGCUGGAGCUCACGGUGCAGGUGCAGGACCGGACAGGUCCAGAUUCAUAUUUGGUGAGACUGGAGUUGACUGUAACGGACGUAAAUGACAACAUCCCAGAAUGGAGCAUGGUUCCUGUCCCCUACCUUGCCGUGGUUUCCCCAGAUGCUACUGCCGGUUCACUGGUGUACAAACUUUAUGCUCAGGAUGGGGAUGAGGGCAACAAUGGUGAAGUGGAGUACUUCCUGUCAGAUGGUGGAGAUGGUCGUUUUGAAGUGGACAGGAAGAGCGGCCAGAUUCGAACCACGGGCCUUCCCCUGCAGCGGGACAGGGAGUACCUGCUGACGGUGGUGGCUGCCGACCGACUCGGCAGCCGGAGCGUCCCCGCCGUCGUAUCUGUGGUUGCUGGAGCUCGGCCGCCACAGUUCACCAACGCUUCCUUCACCAUCGCCAUCCCGGAGAACACCCCCGAAGGACAGGCGUUCUUGGUGACGCCUGCUGUGUCCUUCCAGAACAAACCAAUCAGCUACAGCCUCCUCAUCAAUCCCAGCAGUCUCUUCUCCAUCUCAGCCGAGACGGGUGAAAUCAGUCUCACCCGCUCUAUCGACUACGAGAGUGACCAACACCGCUACCUGCUCCUGGUGCGAGCCAGCGAAGGCCAGGAGGGCCUGAGCAGCGCAGCAGAGGUGCGGGUUGUUGUUGUUGAUGAAAAUGACUGUGUUCCUGAAUUCCUCCAGUCAAUUUACAGCAAGGAUGGCAUACCUGAGACUGUUACAACAGCAACCUCCUUGCUGCAAGUGUCGGCCAACGACUGUGACUCGGGAGAGAAUGCAGAGUUGACCUAUUACACCCUGAGUCCCGAUUUCACCAUUUCCCCUCACGGGACCAUCUUCCCGGCGGGGCAUCUGGACUACGAGAGACCCAACCACCUGUACGAGUUUGUUGCCAUGGCUGUCGACAAGGGAGAGGUGCCUCGCACCGGCACGACAACCGUACGGAUUAGGAUGGCUAAUGUCAACGACGAGGCCCCUGAGUUUUCCCAGCACAUAUAUCGGACCUUUGUCUCAGAAGACGCCGGGCCCAACACACUUGUUGCCACAGUGCUGGCAAAAGACCCCGAUGGUGAUGGGAUCACGUAUAAGAUCACGACAGGAAAUGAGGAGGGCAACUUUGUCAUUGACAGCCAAAAAGGUUUGAUCCGGCUGCGCUCCAGCCCCCCUCCUCGCCUCCAGGGGGUGGAAUAUGUCCUCAAUGUCACCGCCACCGAUGACAACGCCUCAGGUGGACCUCAGGCGCUGGCGUCCACCGCCCAGGUCGUGGUCGGAGUGGAUGACGUCAACAACAACAAGCCUGUCUUUGAGCAGUGUCAGCAGUACCGGGAGAGCACGUCGGUCCUGGAGAACCAGCCGGCAGGGACCUUCGUCCUGCAGGUUCAUGCUGUGGACGCAGAUGAGGGUUCCAAUGGCCGGGUCACGUAUGGCUUCAUGCACAAAGACUCCACUGUGCCUGCCUUCAGCAUCCACCCUGACACCGGAGCGAUAGUGACAGCCAGGAAGUUCGACCGUGAGCGCCAGCGGGAGUAUGCAGUGACGGUGACCGCCACUGACCAGGCUGCCGACCCGCUGAUUGGCAUUUGUCAGCUCAACAUUCUCAUCCUGGAUCAGAACGACAACACUCCCAAGUUUGAGAACAUCCGAUAUGAAUACUUCCUUCGCGAGGAUACCAUGAUUGGAACUAGUUUCCUGCGAGUGGCAGCUCACGAUGACGACUUUGGGACCAAUGCAGCCGUGACGUACAGCAUGUCCAGCGAGCAGCCGGAGUACCUCAGGGUCAACCCGCUGACGGGCUGGGUGUACGUCAACCAGCCCAUCUCACAGAGGACGUACAUCACCAGGGAGAUCGUGGCUACAGACGGAGGAAACAGGAGUAACUCGGUGGAGCUGGCCGUCACCAUCACCAACGUGAAGAACCAGCCUCCACAGUGGGACAAAGACACGUACAGUGUGGUCAUCCCAGAAAACACCGUACGAGACACACCCAUCGUGACCAUCAAAGCCACUUCCCCUCUCGGGGAUCCGAGGGUGACUUACAAUCUGGAGGACGGUAUGGUCCCAGAGACCAACAUGCCCGUUCGCUUCUACCUGACCCCCAACCGAGAGGACGGCUCGGCCUCCAUCCUGGUGGCCGAGCCGCUGGACUACGAGACCACCAGGAACUUCAUCCUGCGGGUCCGAGCUCAGAACGUUGCUGCUGUACCGUUAGCUGCCUUCACCACAGUCUACGUCAACGUUACAGAUGUAAAUGACAACGUCCCGUUUUUCACCUCUUCCAUCUACGAGGCCUCCGUCACUGAAGGAGCCGAAACAGGAACUUUGGUUUUCCAAGUUUCAGCCAAUGACCUCGACUUGGGUCCUAACGGCAAGAUUUCCUACUCCCUCCUGGAGGAUCGCAGUGGGGACCAUCAGUAUUUCCGUAUCGACCCAGAGCUGGGGUUCAUCUACACACAGGCUGUGUUUGAUAGGGAGACCAAAAGCUCAUACCUCUUGGAAGUUCAGUCUGUCGAUGGCUGGGAGUCGGCACGGCCCGGGAAAUAUGGCCAGCCCAACUCAGACACAGCAUAUGUUCGUGUUUUUAUCAGCGACGUGAACGAUAACAAGCCGGUUUUUAUGCAGACAUCAUAUGAAGUUGAUGUGGAUGAGGACGCUGACGUAGGCUUUGCCAUUCUCACAGUCAGUGCCAAUGAUGGUGACGAAGGUGGCAAUGCCAAAUUGCGGUACCAGAUCACAUCAGGAAACACGGGAGGUGUGUUUGAUGUGGAACCAGAGGUGGGCACAAUCUUCAUCGCCCAGCCACUGGACUAUGAACAGAACAAAAGGUACAAGCUUCAUGUCCUGGCCUCCGAUGGGAAGUGGGAGGACUACACUUCAGUGGCGGUGAACGUGGUUAACAAGAACGACGAGGCCCCGGUGUUCACUGUAAACGAGUACUACGGCAGCGUGACAGAAGAGCUGGACGGCUCCCCCGUGUUUGUCUUACAGGUGACGGCAUCUGACCCGGAUAAGGAUGCGGACCAGGAAGCGCUGCGAUACUCUCUCCACGGUCAGGGGGCAGAAAGCGAAUUCAUCAUUGAUGAAGUCACGGGAAAGAUCUACGCCCAGCAGACCUUGGAUCGCGAAGAGCGCGCCGUUUGGCGCUUUGUGGUUCUGGCUACGGACGAGGGCGGCGAGGGUCUGACGGGCUUCACGGAUGUCAUCAUCAAUGUGUGGGACAUCAACGACAACGCUCCGGUCUUCACCUGCUCUCUCAGCUGCCACGGAGAAGCAGCGGAGAACUCUGUGAUGGGAACAUCCGUUAUGGAGAUGACCGCGACGGACCUGGACGACUCUGCCGUGGGGCAGAACGCCGUGCUCUCGUACAGGAUCGUGGGCACCUUGGAUGCCACCCACACUGACGUGGGAGGAGUGCCUGCCUUCUCGGAGGUUUUCACCAUCAACCCCGCCACGGGAACCAUCACCGUCGGGAUGGGGGGUCUGGACAGAGAGAUGAUCGAGUCCUACCUCCUAGUGGUGGAGGCCAGAGACGGGGGAGGCAUGACGGGAACUGGAACUGCAACCAUUAAGAUCAAGGACAUGAACGAUCACGCUCCGAGAUUCACCGAUCAUUCCUGCCAGGCCAGGAUCUCUGAGAAUGCAGAACCCAAUACAGAGGUUCUGGUACUCAGUGCAGAGGACCGCGACACCGGGGAAAACGCCCAGCUCACCUUCAGUGUCGUGGCCGGAGACCAGGAGCAGAAGUUUAACAUGGUCAGUCACAAGCAGGAGCAGCGUGGCGUCUUGAGACUGAAGAAACGCCUGGACUUUGAACGACACAACGAGAAGAAGUUCAACCUCACACUGAAAGUGGAAGACCUGGAUUUCUCAAGCCUCCUCCACUGUGUGGUGGAAGUGGAGGACUACAACGACCACGCUCCGGUCUUCAUCCCACACUUCCUGUCGCUCGCCCCGCUACCGGAGGACGUCACCGUGGGAACCAGCGUGGCCCGUCUGGUGGCCAGUGACUUGGAUUCAGGCCAGAACUGUGAUGUCACCUACAGUUUAUCAGAGGACUCAGAUCCUGAGGGUUUGUUCACUAUCGACCAGUCCGGUCUGCUCUCAGUGGCCAGGCCGCUGGAUCGGGAGAAAACACCCCAGCAUCAUUUGGUCGUCAUAGCAACAGAUCACGGGGUUCCAUCUCUGAUGGGUAGCGCCACAGUCCAGCUGCCUCUGUUGGAUGUUAAUGAUAAUGGACCAGAAUUUGAGGCGGCAUACUCCCCGAUAAUCUUUGAGAACAUGGCUGGACCACAGGUAGUAAGAUUGAAUCAAACGUCGACGCUCCUCCGAGCUGUGGACCGUGAUUCUCCCGAUAACGGACCACCCUUUCACUUCACCGUGCCCCUCGAGUAUCGCCAUAGCAACGACUUCUACCUUCAGGACAACCUAAACGGCACGGCGACACUAACAGCUCUGAGGAUGUUCGAUCGUGAGCGCCAGAAAGAGUUUCUCAUUCCAGUUAUCAUGAGCGACAGUGGAAAUCCAGCCAAAACGGUGACCAGCACCCUCACCGUGACAAUCGGGGACCAAAAUGAUCAUGAACACGUGGCGGGGGAAAAGCAGAUUUUCAUCAACAGUCACAGAGGUCGUAUGCCGACCACCGUGCUUGGAAAAGUCUACUCUCCUGAUCCUGACGACUGGGACAACAAGACCUAUGUGUUUGAAGGACAUGUGCCAAGUUACUUCAUCCUGAACAAGCGGACAGGUUUCCUCAUCAUCAAGGAGAACGCCCCGCCUGGCACCUACCAGUUCCAGGUCCGUGUGUCUGACGGACUGUGGCCGGACGCCAUCUCCACCGUAACUGUACAUGUGAGAGAGCUGCGGGACGACGCCAUCUACAACUCGGGGUCCCUUCGCCUGGCAGACAUCACAGCGAAGGAGUUCAUUGAACUGAGAGGGAAGCAUCGGAGCCGCUACGAGCUGCUGGUGGACUUCCUGUCCGAGAUGCUUUCCGUUCCACAUAACGAAAUCAACAUCUUCAGUUUAAUGGACGUGAAGGACCGAAUGCUGGAUGUUCGUUUUGCUGUGCAUGGUGGCAACUCCUUCCUGCAACCUGAGAAAAUGCAUGGUUAUCUGGCCGCCCACAAACAAAAGCUCCAGUCCUUCCUGCAGGUCAGCGUGUUCCAGGUCCAUGUGGACGAGUGCUCCAGUUCAGAGUGUGCCGGGGCGGGCGGCUGCACCAACAGCCUGAACGUGCGGGACACACCCACGGUGGUGGAUUGCGGGACGAUGAGUCUCGUGUCUGUGACUGUGGAGUCAACAGCUGCGUGCUCCUGCCAAGGCAGAGAACAAUCGCAUCAGUCCUGCGCCACGUAUCCCAGAAACCCCUGCUUCAACGGAGGAGUGUGUGUGGACACCCAGCACGGCUACAGGUGCCAAUGCCCAACUCAAUUCGAGGGACCCGAAUGCCAGCAAAACAAGCACAGUUUCCAUGGCAAUGGUUAUGCCUGGUUUCCGCCAAUGAUGCCUUGUUUCGAAAGCCAUGUGUCGCUGGAGUUUAUCACAGACGUGCCUGAUGGACUGCUGCUGUACAGCGGGCCUUUAGCCCAAUUGCAAACCUGGGACCACGAAGAUUUCCUGGCCCUAGAGCUAAUAGAUGGGACCCCUACCUUAAAAAUCAACCAUGGCUCCGGCACAGUGGUUCUACAGUUGCCAGGCAACGUGAAUGUGGCAGACAGGCGGUGGCAUCGGCUGGAUGUCCGCAGCAACAGUAAGGAAGUGCGUUUUACGCUGGACAGAUGCUCGGGUGCAGCGGUGAUGGAGAUGGAGGGCGUGGGCAGCUGGCUGACCACGGAGGACCACUCUUCCUGUGAGGCCACGGGCGUCACGCCCAACACUGACAGACACCUGAACAUGAGUCAAGUGCUCCAGCUCGGCGGGGUGAACGAGGACAUUCCCUACAUCUACCCUCAACUUCAGCACAAACAUUUCACCGGCUGCAUACGCAACCUCAUUGUGGACAGUAAGCUGUAUGAUUUGGGCUCCCCGGCUGACUCACAGUCCAGCUCACCGGGCUGUCUGACCACAGAUAGCAGCUGUGUCAACAUGGGUUAUCCAUCCUGUGGCCGCCGGGGUCGUUGCCAUGGUGAUUGGGGUUCCUUCAGCUGCCAGUGUGUGCCGGGAUACACAGGACACCAGUGUGAACAGGAAGCCCCAGAAUAUUCCUUCGAAGGCCACAGUCAUGUACAUUACCAGCUGGCAUCCCCACUGCCGGCCCGAAGAACGUGGAUCCAAGUUAUGGUCCGAACUCGCAAACACAGCAGCGUCAUCUUCAGCCUAGUCUCCAGGGAGCAGAGUGAAUACCUGCGACUGGAGAUCUUUCAGGGCCUGCUUUGUGUUUUCCACAACCUCGGUGACGGGGACUACAACCUAACCCUACCCAACUACCGCCUCGACAACGGCGAAUGGCACGAGGUCUUUCUAGAUCGGCAUGACAACGAAAUCACUUUGCGGCUGGAUGGCGGCGGUGGACAGCGGGAGGUGACGGGACUGAGGGGCCGGAGUCGAGAGAUCGUCAUUGACCCCACCGCGGUGAUGCUGGGAAACACUCUUCCGUCGGUCAUCAACAAGAGCUUCCAAGGUUGCAUGAGGGACCUUCGCCUCAAUGGCCGAUACAUGCCACUGGACAGCCAACCACGAGACGGGGUUUCCCAACUCAGCGUCCAAGGACUUUCCACUGGAUGCUCGUCUGACUCCUGCAAAAGGAACCAGUGUAGCCCCCCCUUCACCUGUGUGGACUUGUGGAGAGUGCAUGAAUGCAGAUGUCCCCCUGGUCACAUGGUCCGUGUGAACGGGACCAGGAAGUCGUGCGUGUACACCCUGUGUGCCACGAGGCCCUGCCACCGCGGGACCUGCGUGGCCCAGUCUCCCUCCAAGUUCACCUGCCACUGUCCAGACGGCUACAGAGGACGCCACUGCGAGACCACGCUGGCCAUCUACAGGGAGGACGUGGGCCUGAGCUUCAGCUCCCUCUUCGCCAUCUGCAUCUGCUUCAUGGCCCUGCUGGUGCUGCUGCUGGGCAUCUUCCUGUACACUCGCUGGCGGUCCUACAAGGGUCUGAAGGAGGGCGUCUACCACGUCUCUGCACAUCACGAUGGCUGGGAGGACAUCCGGGAGAACGUGCUCAACUACGACGAGGAGGGAGGCGGAGAGGAGGACCAGAACGCCUACGACAUGGCGGAGCUGCAGAAGUCCCUCCAGCCGAGCCCGGCCCAGUCGGUGCAGUACUGCCGGUCCCGAGCGCUGCACCACCCGCCGCCCCCCCACCACCACCACCACCUGCUCCACCAGGCCCCCCCCUCCUCCUCCUCCUCCUCCGCCCAGCCCCCCCUCAGCAGGACGUCCAGCUCCACCACCCUGCCCCCCUCCGUGGCCUCGUCCUCCACCACCACCACCACCACCAGCCUGCGGCGGGACGUGCCCCCGGCGCGGCCCCCGGCCCAGGGCCAGGCCCGGCCCGCCGCGCUGGCGCGCCGCUCCCUGUCCUUCUCCAGCCAGGACCUGGCCCGCUACCUGUGCGAGAUCAUCCGCGACGCCGACCAGCACCCGGACACGGGGCCCUUCGACUCCCUGCAGGUGUUCUCCACGGAGGGCGGCGGCUCGCCCGCCGGCUCCCUCAGCUCCUUCAGCUCGGCGGGGCUGGACGGGGGCGGCUCGGCGGACGGGGAGGGGACGAGGCAGGAGACGCUCGGGGACUGGGGGCCGCGCUUCGAGAAGCUGCGGGUGCUGUACGAGCGGGCCGAGGCCAGCGACCUCUGAGCUCCGAGCAGACUGAUGGACCCUGAUGACGGGGAGGAGGCAGGAAACCGUCACCAGCACCGCGCUGACUAACUGGAACUAACAGUGUUGGAUCUGCUGGACGACGAGCCUCGUCAGGCGACACCGGUGGCCUCAGACAACUGAACGUAUCCCCGUGAUCAGAGCUCUUAAUCCCCAACGCCUGCCUUGCAAGGCUGCUGUCCAACAGCAGAUCUGAUCCAAACCUGCAAGUCAGAUUAACAGAAUGUCGCUCUCUUCCCGGGAUACUCAUCACGACGGAGCUGACCUUCACCAGAGAAACGAGCGCCAGACACAAACACUGACAUCCUCAAGUUUCUCUCAGCUGAAGUCCUAAAAUGUGAAGAAAAAAAAAAAGAUAAGCAACUUGAGCUAAUGAGCACCAGUGAAAAAAAUGUAUUUUUUAUCAUCUUGCUGCUGAAUGAAAUCAUUGUAAAUAAGGGACAUUAAUUGCACACUGCGCUGCUAAAAUGGUCAAACGGUUCGACGAGUGGCCCGUAUACCAGACUUUGAAUUCUCCCCGUAGUGGACACAUGGUGUUCUCGCUGCCUGGCUGUACACGGCUUCUCAGUGUUUUUAUGAAGAAAAAAAGAAGAAGAAGAAGAAGAAGAAGAAGUAGUGCUUCGACCGUCCCUGGGUUCCAGUGCGAGAUGUUUUGCUGUCUUUUGCUGGGUCGAGUAAAUCUGUAUUGGUCGGCUGUUUCAAGCUUUAACGCUCUGUGGGUUGUAAAACAUCAAGCUUUGUACUUAGUACGGCGCCUGUGUCUUCAUUUGAUUUCCUAUUCUCAUUCGCACUCCUCUGCUUCUCGUUCCCGCUCGCCCAG